AUGGUCGAAUUAAGGUGUGAGCUUUGCAAAUUGAGCUUUGCCGACGAAUAUGAUAUAAGGUUACACGAGGCUACGAUCAAACAUCAAAUGUCAAAUCAAACAAAUGUUAAAUGUUAUAAUUGCAACUUGUGCUCGUAUCGUUGUCAAACUAUAACGGAUUUUUCUAAGCACGUUCAAAGCGUAAACCAUCGGCUUGUUUUGGAUGCCUGCCAGAAGGAAAAAGAAAGCCAGAAAAAGCAGAAACAAUGGAAUCAAGAACAAAAGAAUCGCCAACUCGAGAAGACUCUCCAACUGGCAGAGCAGGGGUCAGACCGUCAACCACAGCCGAAAAUUGCAAAGAAUCCACAGCCAUUCAGUCACUUCGAGUCACCAGAGAAGAAACCAAUGCAGUGGAAACAACCGCGUCUAAGAGAAUAUCCUUUUGACAAUCCUGAACCUACGUCACCUUAUGGUUUUUAUCCACCGCGACCAUCACAGCGACAACCACCAGGUGGAUAUCCGCCUGCACCGUUUCGAUACAAUAAUACGGGUCCAACAAGGCCGCCAAAUUAUCAUCAGCCACAUCAACCAGGAAAUUAUAUGCCAAGAAACGCUUUUCCCGACGCCUUUUCCGUCUACAAUCAUUAUGAUUCCAACAUGUACACCCCGAGGAUGAUAAAUGUUGACGUGCCGCCGCCAGAGUUAGUCUAUCAGAGCCUAUCUAGUGAAGUAAGGAAACCUAUACCAUUGAUGCAACUACCAUUUGAGCCGUCGACAUCUCGUCAAAACGAUGGAUAUCACUGGUACAGUCCGUAUCAAACUGAUCAGCGAAAAGGUGGAGCGGCGGAAAAAUCAUUUAUUGCCGAUCACGGACAAAUUCUCGCCCCAAAGGAACAGAUUGCCAAAGCAGGAACAAUUUCCAAAGGAACCAAUGAUAAUGACAAUGAAAAAACGAGGAUGCUAGGUCCGCGAAACGAGAAACUUCAACCGACUUGUGACACUGGAAACAAAAAAGAUGACCAAAUGAAAAUAGAUGAGACGAAGCGGACUUUUCCAAAGAAAUCGAAGCGAAAAGAAGCUAACAACCAAAACAAGAACAAAGCGACUGUGAAAUCAAGAAAGGAUAAGAAAAAGUUUCCUCAAAAACCAGCUCCAACUUCGAAGGUUACCAAGAAAUUGAGUGUCGAUCCAAGGGUCCUAAAUACAAAGAAGCUAGCCAAAAAGCGUUUAAUGGAGGCAUGCAAGCAGAAAAGCAAAGAAGGACGUGAUCUUUUGGGACAAAACCUAAUAUCAACACCACCUCUGUCGACUGAAGACACUCCCGGCACAUCAACGGCCUCUAACUCAGGGAAAAUUUCACAAAGAGUUUUGAAGAAAUUGUGGCAAAAGAGAGCACCAGGAACGAUACCUCCAAAAAUGGUUCUCGGCGAUCGUGUGCGCGCUCUGAACAUGAUGGGAGCAAAGUGUACAAACUCUUUGAACCUACGCAAGCAAAAGGAAAAGGAGAGGCAAGAAAUUCUUUCAGAGCAACCAAAAGUUGUCUUUGAUGCAAGCACUGCAAAGCCAUAUGGAUCAGUAGCAGCGCUGAGUACUUUAGUGCAAAAGGGGGGUCCGGUUACUGGGGUGAACUUGGAUUGGCAAGCUCAUCAACAACCAUCAACCUCGUCAGCUCAACCACUAUCUAAAAGGCCUGUGGCUCAAAAUUCUCCAUCUCCAUCCGUCGAAGAGACGGUUCCAGUUAAGAAAUCGGUCGUGUCAAACAUUGUCACAAGUAAGGUGCCGGCAGUAAGGAGGCCUACAGAUUUGAGCCAAAAUCCUCCACUUGCUUUUGCUAGUUCAAACCCAUCAAACAUUGAUCGCAACGCAUUAAACAAUCUUCAACCUUCUCCCGGGAUUUCCGACCUCCUGACGACUCCGGUAUCCGAGCAUGAGAGCACCGUAGAACAAAAUGAGCUGAUGUCAUUGGUGCGCAAAAGACAUGAAUUGAAACAUCGCCGUGAGGGAUUAGCGCUUCAACUCAUUGACAAGGGAAUCCACUUGGAGGCGUUGCGACAUCAAUUCGAGGCUUGCCACAGGGAAGUUUGCGAGCUACAGGUUGAAGGUAAAAAGAUUGACUUCGCAAUAGCACUCAACGAAGAAAAGCUGAAAGAAGUGGAAAAGCAGGGUGGAACGAGUUCUCGAAGCUGGAUGCCUGGCUCAUCUACA